AUGUCAAAGAAAAAAGAACUGAGUGCUGAAAAAAAGAGAACCCGUAUGAAGGAACUGUUUUUUGAGACAAAAGAUGUAUUCCAACAAAAAGACCUGGAGAAGCUUGCUCCCAAAGAGAAAGGCAUCACUGCCAUGUCAGUGAAAGAAGUCCUGCAGAGCCUGGUAGACGAUGGCACGGUUGACUGCGAGAGGAUUGGAACUUCCAAUUACUAUUGGGCUUUUCCAAGCAAAGCUCUUCGUGCCCAGAAACGCAAGCUGGAGGAGGGAAGCCAGAAACAUGCAAACCUACAGAAGAGCACUGAGAAAGCUACAACUGGCCGGCAAGAGACAGAAGAACGAGCCAUGCUUGUAAAAGAUCUUUCUUCAUUUCAGAACCAAAGGGAUCAACUUAAGGCAGAAGUUGAAAAAUACAGAGAAUGUGACCCACAAGUUGUGGAAGAGAUACGUCAAGCAAAUAAAGUAGCCAAAGAAGCCACCAACCGAUGGACUGAUAACAUAUUUGCAAUAAAAUCCUGGGCCAAAAGAAAAUUUGGGUUUGAGGAAAAUAAAAUUGAUAAGAACUUUGGAAUUCCAGAAGACUUUGACUACAUAGACUGA